UGCACAGAGUGGCUCAUGUACAAUGAUGUUUCUGUCUGUCCACAGAUCUGGGUCCACAGUGCCCACAAUGCCAGUGGCUAUUUUACCAUUUAUGGAGAUGAGUCUCUCCAGUCUGAUCAUUUCAACUCCCGGUUGAGUUUUGGAGAUACCCAGACCAUCUGGGCCCGCACAGGCUACCUGGGCUUCCUGCGGAGAACUGAGCUCACAGAUGCAAACGGAGAGCGUCAUGAUGCCCUCUAUGUGGUGGGGGCACUGGAUGAAGCCAUGGAGCUGCGGGGCAUGAGGUACCACCCAAUAGACAUCGAGACUUCGGUCAUCAGAGCCCACAAAAGUGUCACAGAAUGUGCUGUCUUUACCUGGACAAACCUGUUAGUGGUUGUGGUUGAACUUGAUGGGUCAGAGCAGGAAGCCUUGGACUUGGUUCCCUUGGUAACCAAUGUGGUCCUGGAAGAGCAUUACCUGAUUGUAGGAGUGGUGGUCGUGGUGGACAUCGGUGUCAUCCCCAUCAACUCCCGGGGAGAGAAACAACGGAUGCACCUGCGAGACGGGUUCUUGGCAGACCAGCUGGAUCCCAUCUACGUGGCCUAUAACAUGUAGUCCCGUCACUUUGGCUUCCACAGACUUUUCUACGGAUGUGACCAUUUUUUUUUCUCAGUGUCCACAGAGACAUGCAGACACUCGGCCACACUCGAAGGAGGAGCCUUGUGUGCUGGGGUUGGGGGAGGACUUCUAGGAGCAGUCACCUGGCAGGGAGAUGAAAUGGGAAUUUACGCUGGAUUUUGCUCAGAAGGACUUUGGAUCACUGCCUUCAGUUUGCUGGAAAAGCUCAUUUUAAGAACUUUCUUUUGUUUCUUUCUUUCUUUUUUUUUUAAUUAUUGGAUAAGAAGUGCUCUCUUCGUAAAUGUGGUAUUUUGUUAAGCCAAAAUAGCGAUUAAAAAGAAUAUUCUACCCUCCAAAUGGGUUCUUUUAAACAAUUUAUGUAGUGUGACAAAGAAUUGUUUUCUCUGUUUUAAUGUGUCAUGGAAUCUUAAUGACAUGGAUCUGUUACUAAUUUAAGCCAUCACUAGAUCUCACCCUUCUAGGAGAGUUUACUGAGGUACGAGAACCUUCCAGGUAGCACCUUCCAAUUAGAUUUUAGCAGCUUUCUUUGUCAGAGACAUGCUGAAGAAACAGAGGCCAGUUUAUGGCCUUUGAAGUUAACAUAGAACAAGAAGCGAUUAUAAAUAAGGUAUUUCGGCAACUAUCUUGCAGAUAUCUUUGUACUAAACUAAAAAGAUAAAAAUAAGUUAACUUCCUCGAUAUGUAAUUAUGUACAAAAUGUUUAAUUUAUUUUGAUCUCUUUAGAAGUAUAAAAGAGAAAAAACAUUCAAGAAUAUUAAAGUCUUGUAAUGUUUGCUAAUAUAAAAAAAGUGUUGUAUUAUCUUGCGUGGAUAGUAUCACAACAAAUAUAUAUAUAUGAAAUAUAAAUUCACUAAUGAACAAAGGAGAUUUUAAAGUUUAAAUGCAGAACUUGUCACUUGCAUGGUGCGCCCUCCACUGUAUUCACACACACUUGGCUGUUUCCGAGCAAUCACAGGUUGCCAGUAACCCUGUCUUAGACCAGAGACCAGCAAGUGGAGUCACCGCCGUCUCUAAGAUAGUGAAGGGAUUUAAUGCAAACAUGCACUAUUUUUUCCUUUGCUCUGAGGACGACAGUGAAUGUUUUCGUGCCAGCAUGUGCCAAUGACAUUGAGGGGCUCCAGGUUGGCAAAUGGCACUGUUUUCUCAGCUGCAAGAAUCUGUUGCAUAAUGUCAAUUUUAUUUUAUUUUGGCAUUUUGUGUGUGUGUGUGUGUGUGUCACUUUAAAAAAAAAUUUUGUUUUUGGUUAGUGAGAAAAGAAUGAUACCUUGUGGUCAUUUGUACCAGGUGUCACUCAUUUACCCCUUCCAUUGGCCAUUGUGAGCAGAUAAAUGUCCAGAAUAGCUUUGAGGGAAAAGCUAUGUGUGAUGUCUUGAGACUGUAGACCCAGCCAACUCUAAUCCUCUAGUCCUGGGAGCUUCCUAGGUUGGCCCUGAGUAGCCACUAUUCCAGGAACUCAAAACAGAGCUCUGGUUGAAGCAAGAUAUUCUGACAGCUUCAUCCUUGUACUAACUGUUGGUACACCAAUCUCUGGUUAUGUGUGCCUACAACUCUGUCAGUUGAUCUGGCCUGUCUGCAUCCAACCAAGUAGGAUGUAUUAGCAGUGCAGGGGGUCUCUUUUAUAAUUGCCACAGUAUUCUCCUGCAGUGGUUCCCAGUACUAGAUAACCCUGACUAAAGUUGCUGCUGGGCAGAAAUGAGGCUCUUGAUUGCAUUAUGGGUGAGGUCUUUAUCUGCCUAAGUUAUAUGCAGUCAACAGUAAGCCCUUUGCUAAAAGAGAGUUUGUUUCACUUCUGAGAUGUAAGGCUGUUUAUUUUGUUUUUAAUUUAAGUGGCACAUUUUUUUAAAUUUGCAUAUGUAAAGCAUUCUUCCAUCUCCAUGAAUCAUUUGAUUUUUCAAAUAUUGUUUGCUCAUUGCUAUAUGUUUAUACAUGUUUCAAAUGCACAUUCCUAACAGUCUGUAGCUUCCCAAGGGGGAAAAAUCCCUACCACAUACAGAAAAACGUUUUUCUUGAUACAUGUACACACACACACACACACACACACACACACACACACACACACACGCAUGCAUACACUCUCUCUUUCUUUCCCUCUCUUAAAGGGAACUUGGUUUGACAUUUCAGAUAGGAUAUUGAUAGUUAAACAUCAUUGCAGUGUCCAGGAAAUCUUCCAUCUGGCUGAUGUGAGGAAGCAGAGCAAAUUUAGAUGUCACUCAAAACAUACUCUUAACUUUUCACCAUAUCAGCUUCACACCAGAGGAGGGCGAAGGCUGCAGUACAGUUGCACAGGCCGUUCACAGCAGGUCUCUUCUGCAUCCUGUCAUCUGGGACAUUAGACUUUAGGUUGGAAAGAGUUGGUGGACUGAGUUGGAAGCUUCGUUGUGCAAGAAAAAGGAAAGGAGAUGCUUAAGUACCACCAGUUUCAGCAAUAAAGGAGGAUCGUUAUGUAUUAGAAAUCGUACUGUAGAUAAAUCAUUCAUGAGAAUGUUUUUUUUUAAAAAAAAAAUGUUUGUCUUGUGACCAUGUGCUUUUGGAGUCAGCCAAAACUGUGUAAUCAACUUGCACAAAAAGAGGGUACACAAAGAACACUGAGACACAGACCUAAUCAAACAGGAGCAGAUUCCUCAUGGUGCUUGUUUAUUAUAUAUAUUUAACCCUGCUUGACACUUUACCCAAGGGGACGGUCCCUUUAUCAGUUGAAUGUUAGCAGCGUUAUUUCAGAGUGUGGUGACUGGUUAGAGAGAACUCGUAUACUCAACCAAUCACAGUUUCAAACAAAAUUUUUAUGUGCAAAGGACAGCAACCUUCUUGUAUGUUCAACCACCAGUACGCUUUGUACAUCUGUGAUAACGCCUGUUUUAUAUUCAAAUGAACAAAUAAAAGCUUUUAUUUUUGUUGCUCUGAACAUAGCAGUUUCUUAAUUGGUACCCUGGAAAAAAAUUUCUGGGACAGACCACUUCCAUGUGAGGAAGGAGGUGACUCCUGCUGGGAAAUGUAUCUGACUCUGUUUACAUGACUUGUUGCAUAACUUAGUACAGAUGACCCUGCUCUGGAUGAUGUAUAAAUCUUGAUGUAGGCAUUUCUAGUUAACAGCAGUUCCUAUGGCAACAAAUGUUUUGUGAAAUGUUUUUUUUAUUCUUUUAAAUAUAUCUGAAUAUAUUUGUUCA